GGGACUCGGCUGUGGACGGGGGGAGAACUCACACAACUUCUCGGGGAGGGGCAGAGCGCGAGCCUGGAGUUGUCAGAAGUUCUGACGGGGAGAAGCGGGGUGCACCACAACUCCCAGGGUGCCAUGAAGAAGUCUGAAAGUGAGAGGGGAGGACGUCUUUGUAGACCCCAGUGACUGCUGCACGGCGCCUUUCCCCCGGUGGUCCGCUCGCAGUGUGUAUGACGGCUAGGAUGGAGCCUACUUUCUACGACGAUGCCCUGAGCGCUGCCUUCGCUCAGCCCGAGCCCGCCGGCUACGGAUACAACUCUAAGGUGCUGAAGCAGAGCAUGACUCUCAACUUGUCCGACCCAUCCAGCGCCAUCAAGCCUCACCUGAGGAACAAGGCGGCGGACAUCCUUACCUCUCCGGACGUUGGACUCCUCAAGCUAGCCUCCCCGGAACUGGAGAGGCUCAUCAUCCAGUCCAGUAAUGGGAUGAUCACUACCACCCCUACCCCGACCCAGUUCCUCUGCCCUAAAAAUGUCACGGACGAGCAGGAGGGGUUUGCGGAGGGAUUUGUCCGGGCGCUGCAAGAACUUCACAACCAGAACAACUUGCCCAGCGUCGCCUCUGCCCCCCAGCCGCCCGCCUGCAGCGCACUGACCUCUGUCUCCUCCAUAGCAGAUAGCAGUGGAUACAGUAACGCCUUGCACAACGAGCCGCCCAUCUAUGCCAACCUGAACAGCUUCAACCCAACCACCAUCAGCACCACCCCUGCCUUCAACAGCAACGCCAUGGGCUUUGCCUCCCAGCAUCACCCCAGCCCCCCCAUCCCUGUCCAGCACCCCAGGCUCCAGGCUCUGAAAGAAGAGCCCCAGACUGUGCCCGAAAUGCCCGGCGAGACCCCUCCUCUCUCCCCCAUUGACAUGGAGUCUCAGGAGAGGAUAAAAGCCGAGCGGAAGCGUAUGAGGAACCGGAUCGCCGCCUCAAAGUGCAGGAAGAGGAAGCUGGAACGCAUCGCCCGGCUGGAAGACAAAGUGAAAAACUUAAAGUCCCAGAACUCUGAACUGUCGUCCACGGCCAACAUGCUGCGGGAGCAGGUCGCGCAGCUCAAACAGAAAGUGAUGAAUCACGUCAACAGCGGCUGCCAGCUCAUGUUAACGCAGCAGCUGCAGACGUUCUGAGCCCAGCGGCCCCGGCGGAGGAGAAGGAGCCAGGAAAAAAGAGCGUCCGGAGAGAACACGAAGCGAUUUCAGGUUGAAACUCCUGAUUGGAGGAGAAAACAAAAAUAGGCGUCCGUGAUCUGACUGUUGAACACGCGUGCGCGAGGCGGGUCUGCCCGGCCUUCCUUCGGAGCGAGAGGUGGUAGGGCAGAGAGCGGUGUCAAUUCUACAGCACCAGGCCUGGGUGUAAGAUUGAGACCUGCAUGGACCCUUUAAGAUUUAACGAUCGUUCAGUAUUAAGGAUAACCUGCUAUACGGACUGUACAACUUCUGUAGUCCUCGUACAGAGGGGGUGGGGCGGGAGGGCAGUUGUCUGAAAACAGUUUUUUUUAAAUAUGACAAAUUCUGCUUGUCUUUGACUUCUAUAUAUUAUAUAUAUAUAUAUAUAUGUAAGUGUACAUAUCUGUUUUUUAUAUAUUAUAAAGCGGCUUCGAGCUCUUUGUAAGUUAUUUAUGUCUUUAUUUUGGGUUCCUGAAAACCCAUCAUAGUCUGUACAGAAGAGAAUUUUUGAACUCUUUUUGAGUUUAACCUUUGUAAUAAAGUGAUAUAAUUUUUCUAUG